UGUUCUCCUGUGCUGGACCAGGGACAACCACCCUCCUCUCUCAGCUCUUACAUGGCAAAGUUUCUGGCUGAGCUGCUGGGAUGUACUCUUCCAGACAAGGGCACUUCACCAGGGAUGUUCCAGUCUCGGAGUCAGCCCCAUCUAGGCCUGAGGCACGCCUCCAAGCAGCGGCCGACCGUCUUUGGGACGUUGACCAAUGAGAAGACACAUUACGAUAACAAAAGAGACAACAUGCCUCAGACACCACUGCUGACCAGCAUGCUGGUCUCCAGGGGUUACAAUAAGAACCUGUACCAGAGUCAGAACCAGACCAAGGAGGAGGGAUACGGGAACGCAGGACUGUGUUACCGCGACAACGCCCUUGUGUCCGGCUCGCUGGAGGCCCUCAUACACCACCUGGUCCCUAGUAUGGACUACUACCCUGACAUGACGUACUCUUUCACCUUCCUGCUCUCCUCUCGUCUAUUUAUCCACCCCUACGAGCUCAUGUCCAAGGUGUUUCACCUGUGUGUGGAGCAGCAGAGACUGAGUGACCCUCAGGCAGACAAGAUGAGGAUCAGGAAGAUGGCUCCCAAGAUCCUCCGGCUGCUCCAGGAGUGGACGGAGACGUUCCCUUACGACUUCAGAGACGAGAGGAUGAUGAGGAGCCUGAAGGAGUUAACCCAACGCAUGGCCUCAGGAGAUGAGCUGUACAGGAAGGUGGUCCAGCAGAUGAUUCAGGUCCUAAUCAGGAAGCUGACUACUCUGAGCCAGUACGAGGAGGCCCUGGUCAAGGUCAAUGCUACGGCCACAGACCGACUGACCGCGCUGAAGGCCAAGCCUCAGGCCAUCCAGAGAGACAUGCUGUCCGUCUGCAAUGACCCCUUCACCGUGGCACAGCAGCUCACGCACAUAGAACUGGAGAGACUGAGCUACAUCGGACCAGAGGAAUUUAUCCAGGCCUUUGAGAAGAAAGACCCUCUUGAUAAUGAUAAGAGCUGUUUCAGCGAUCACAAGAAGGCUAGCAACCUGGAGGCGUAUGUAGAGUGGUUCAACAGACUCAGCUUCAUGGUGGCCACAGAGAUCUGCAUGCCCGUGAAGAAGAAGCAGCGAGCGCGAGUCAUCGAGUUCUUCAUCGACGUGGCGCGGGAAUGUUUUAACAUCGGCAACUUCAACUCUCUAAUGGCCAUUAUCUCUGGGAUGAACAUGAGUCCUGUGUCUCGACUGAAGAAGACCUGGAGCAAAGUCAAGACGGCCAAGUUUGACAUCUUGGAGCAUCAGAUGAAUCCUUCCAGUAACUUCUACAACUACAGAACAGCGUUGAGAGGAGCAACACAGAGGUCCAGAACAGCCAACAGCACGAGAGAGAAGAUUGUCAUCCCGUUCUUCAGCCUGCUGAUCAAAGACAUCUAUUUCCUGAACGAGGGAUGCUCUAACAGGAUGCAGAACGGACAUGUAAACUUUGAGAAAUUCUGGGAGAUGGCGAAGCAAGUUAGCGAGUUCAUGGUUUGGAAGAAGGUGGAGUGUCCGUUUGAGAAGGACCGUAAGAUUCUCCAGUAUCUGCUCACCGCACCGGUUUUCAGCGAGGACACUCUGUGUCUGGCCUCCUAUGACAGUGAAGGCCCUGAGAAUAAUAUGGAGAAGGACAGAUGGAAGUCUUUGAGAUCUACUCUGCUAAGUAGAGUCUAGAGUUUCUGAAGGAGGAACCAAGUCCUAACCCCGUCUGUCAACCAAGCCGUGUCCAAAUAACAGAAUCCCUGUUUGGAUGGGGGAACGACAAUCUGACCUGUUCUGUUCAGCGGGAACAGGAACUUUUUCUGUUCUCCGGUCAUGGAGAGUUCGAUCUUCUUCAUGUUGUAUGUCCAGGGAAAUGCUUUUUUCAUCUCUUUGAAUGAAUUUCUAUACUUUUUGUAUUUAAAACAAAUAAAUAAUAAGUUACGACCAUCGUGAGGAGGAGAGGAAAGUCCAGGGAAAUGCUUUUUUUGUUUGUUGUCCUUUGGCCACGUCUGCCGAAAACGUAACAAAACACACACCGUGUAUUUAACACCGGGUGACACUGUUGAUGAAAAUCUCUGGAUAUUUUGGAGAUGUAUUUGACUUUCUACAGGAGUUAAGAGUUGGCUGCUGGAUGGCCAACUGAUUCAGUCCUAACGUGUACAACGAACAGGCUGCUCUCUCUCUCUCUCUAUUUAUCUCUAUCUAUCUCUCUCUCUCUAUUUAUCUCUAUCUCUCUCUCUAUUUACCUCUCUCUAUCUCUCUAUUUAUCUAUAUAUCUCUCUAUAUAUCUCUAUCUCUCUCUAUUUACCUCUCUCUCUCUAUUUAUCUCUAUCUCUAUCUCUUUAUUUAUCUUUAUCUCUCUCUCCAUCUCUCUCUCUAUUUAUCUCUCUCUCUCUCUUUAUAUAUAUCUCUUUAAAAAGCCAGCAUUGUGUUUACUGGGGAUCAGUAUACUGUAUAAUGGUGUCAAAGCUAACCUACAGCAGGGUUGGUAUAGAAAAUAUGAAGCUAAUGUUAAUUUGUGUGUGUGUGUGUCACAUGUACCGUUAUACCUGACUCUCUUGCUCCAGUCGGUGUGGUCGGCCUCGAGGACUUUACUGCUCUAUAUGUUUAAAAUGUUGGAUUGGAAACACGAUGUCCAUUUUUGUUUGUAUAAAAGCUUUGUGUGAUACUCUACAACGGGAAGCAACACCUUCCUUCUCCUCUCAUCCUUUAUCAAAUGGGACACUCAGCCAUGGGCAGAAACCGAGGGGUGGGGAUGUUAAGACGGUGUGACGAUAAGCCAGCAUUAAGACGGUGUGACGAUAGAUACCUUGUGCUUCCCAGAUGGCAACGUCUUCACUAUAUUAGUAGACUAGUUUUGACCUGAGCCCUGGUCAAAAUAAUGCACUAUAUAGGUGCAGGGUUUCCCCAAACUCGGGCCCGGGGACCUCAUUGGGUACACAUUUUUUUUUUUUGCCCUAGCACUACACAACUGAUUCAAAUAAUGAACUAAUCAUCAAGCUUUUGAUUAUUUGAAUCAGCUGUGUAGAGCUAAGGCAAAAAAAAGAAAACGUGUACCCAAUGAGGUCCCCGGGACCGAGUUUGGGAAACACUGAUAUAGAGAAUAGUCUGAUAUUUGGGACGCGAGCCAUAUAUUCCUGAUAAUCAGUGUUUUGAUGUUCUGCCACUAACCAGUAUGUUCCUGAUAAUCACUGUUAUGGUGAUCUGCCACUAACCAGCCACUUUGAUGGAAUAAAUAUAGCUUUGGAGGACUGUCCUGUGCUGAACGCUUCAAGAUUAUCCAUCCUGUGAUAGUGGUGUACCUAACCACUAUUCCCCCUCCCAUGAGAAUGGUAGUAUAGAAAUUGAGGUUGUAUCGCCCCCUUGUGGUUAAGUUAAGUGCUGUGGUGGAGCGAGUGAAUGAGUUGAUUUAUGUAAUAGCGGAGAUUGUGGGUGAGCUGAGGAUUUGGACAUUUUUGCCCCCUCAGUUAAUGCUGGAUCAAACUUUCUUCCUAAUAGGUUGUAUUUUCUUCAUAUUAUUUUCAUCAUAUUUGUUUUAUUUAUGAUCCUCUCUAGUCGUUAUUUUAUAUUAUGGAUAUUUACACAUUUUAUUGUAUUUGUUAUAUCAUUUUGUACCAGGUACAUUUCAUAGUUAUCAGAUUUUUCCCUAAACAGAUUAUUUUUGGUUCAGGUUUGUAUGAGAACACUUAAUUUUUAGGAUUCUAGUAUACACUUUGAAGUGAAAUAUAUUGGUCACUUUCCAGGCCCAUUACAUUGCAGGCGUGGCAAAGCUGAUAUCUGUCCAGGUGUUGUGAGAUCUGGCAGGCGUCCUGGAACGCAGCCAUUGACUGACGAAUAGCUUUGCUUUGUCUUUUGCAGUUUCUCCUCCACAUGAUAAUGUGGUUUGACUGUGUAAAUACUUCUUCUGUUUUUCCUAUGUAUCUGUUUUUUUUUGUAUUUGGACUGUUAAACUGGAAUAGAUCACCUGUUUUAUUACUGAGUUAGUUAUUAGAAGAGAAAGUGACAAAAGUUAAUAAAAAAAAUGCUUAAGUUAA